GCUGAACCACGGACGGAUGGAUGAUCGGGGAGUGAUUAUUUGAUAAGAAAAGAAACAAUAAAAAGCUUUAGGAAAUGCAAUUAAGGCUGGGAUUGUUAUAUCCCUAUUACAGUGUAAAAUGUGAAAUAUAUCAGUGAUUGAUUAUCCUACUACAAUGGAUAAUAUCACCGGAUUCGUAGACGACCCUGUGGCCCAAAGAUGGAACUCAUCCCUGGACAGCUUCAGUCAUAUCCCAAUAGACCAGAAUCUUAUUCUGUUGCUGGUGUCCCUGAUAUCGGCGAUGGCAUGGAUCGUUUAUAUAACUUACUACAACAGUCGCGUGCUCGGCUACAUAUUGACGAGGCUAAUAAACAAAUUUUAUUUCCAAGAUGAAAACUUCAAAAUUGGUUCCUUUACACUCAAUGCGCUGUCUGGCAAGAUUAUGUUUCGGGACAUUGUGUACAUCAACUAUGACUACACGCUUCGUAUUCAAGACGGCUACUUGAUAUUCCGAUGGUGGCGCUCGUAUGUGCCCAAAGAUGUUUCUGAAGAUUUAUCUCAUUCCGACACGCGGCUCUCUAUAAUGCUGAACGGUUUCGAACUCCACUUCUACAACAGAUGCGACCUCUACAACGAGCUCGAGAAGACCUUCGGGCUCGAGCCCGUCAUCAAGCAGCAGGACGACGGCGACUGCGCCGACCGCGACAAGGCCAUGAACGACGCCAACGAGAAGCGGCGCCGCGCGCAGGACACCGUGCGCUCCGAGGCCGCCAUGGCGCGCACCUGGCGCGACCUCAUCCCCGUCAUCAAGCUGGACGUCUGCUCCGGCCGCGUGGUGUUCGGCAACCGCCUCGUGCCCACCACGCUCUCCAUCAGCGUGGAGGAGGCGCACCUGGUCUACAGCACCAAGCCGCCCGCCUCCAGCCUCGACCACCUCAUGCACUUCGUCAAAGCCAAAGCCGAGAACUGCAAAGUCAUACUCGCGCCCAGUCCCAACUACACCGCCAUGGUCGACGAACCCCCCAGGUACAUGGGCGAGGGUUUCGUCGUUAUGAGUUCCAAUUACAUAGAGGUCUACUUUUAUAUGGACGAGCCCGGCCUGGUCCCCGAGCGGCCGGUGCUCCUUCAGCUGGCCAACGGCGACAUCGUCGAGUCCGCCCCUCCCAUCUGGGGCGUCGACAUAAAGUGCGGGAAGGGCACCGACUUCAGCUACGGCCCGUGGGCGGACAGGCAGAGGGACCAUUUGUUCAAAUUUUUUUUCCCACCGAAUUAUAAAAACUUGGAGGUGACGCCGCAGCCGAAACCCGGCGACCGAAGACAGAUGCAGUCUUUCGAUAUACGACUGUCGACGCUCAACGAGGCCACCAUAGAUAUUCUGUUCACAAAAAAUAAGGAGACCAACGCUGUGCACAUCAACAUCGGCGCGGGCUCGUACCUGGAGGUGACGCUGCCGUGGAUCGUGCUCCAGGACGGGUACACGACCAAGAUCACGGGCCAGCUCCUCCAUCUCGAAGCCACGACGAGUCUCCAAUACAGAAGUUUAGCUGAGAGUGAAACGCUGGAGUACACGGUCAAGUGCCACUAUCCUCUGGUGUGGAAUCACCACCAGUGCUGGCAGCUCGGCCUGACGGGUUGUAAAGCGACGGUCAAUCUUGUAUACACCCACAUUGACUUCUUUCAAGACCUGAUCAACGACUGGGCCAGCAAGGCGCGCCCGGAUAUCCUCCACUUUGUUCCUUACACAUGGAAAAUUUCCCUCUUGCUGAAAGAGUGCGAAGUUGUGACGGUGAGCAAUCAGUACAACUGGAUAGACUGCAGUUCUACCAACCAAGAGAACAAUCACGUGGCGUUCUGUGGCGACCUCCUGGACGUGUCGUUUGAUUUGCCAUUUAUCGAUUUCUUGCCUGAUGUGAUACCCCUAAAGAUAUGGAUACAAGGCGAAGCCGUCGAUAUGAGCCUGUACUUGCCAGAAGUGAACACGUCCAGGUUGCUUUUGCUGUCUAUUGACAAAAAUAUGAAAUUGGUACCGUGCAGAUUAAAAGCGUCGAAGUGGCGAAGAAAAUGCGUUAAAUCUCAGGGCUGGGUGGACUGUUGGUCCGUGCCUAUCGUGGCUCUGAGCGUCCGGUACAACUACCACCCGAUCCCACCUCUCGGCCCCGAGCCUCAGGCUGAUAUCACGACUCCAGAGAAAGAAGAGAUUCUCUUGUCCCCCAUGAGGAUACCAAGAAUGAGGAAACAACCUCAAAUAAGUUGGCCCUUAGAUGGCAACAAAUUCGACAGAACAUCUCUUCCCCCCGACAAAGUGAGUGUCGAGCUUGAAGUGGGACCAUCCAUAUUGCUAGCGUAUGGAACCAUCAUUACAAGUUUCAUGAACUUACUUGAAAACAUAUUUGGAGAGGAUCAGACUUUCACAGACAUGCAGAAGUCGCCCAAUACGGACACAUUUCACUGGUCCAAUGAGCAUACUACUAAAGUGAAUGACAAAAGUAGUAUCAAUCAAAAUGCAGACAUAUCAUUUGAUGACUCCACAGACGAAAACAAGGGUCCAUUCGAUCCAAGAAAGUGUAGGCCUUUAGAUGUGACAGUGUCGAUUAUAAUUCACGACAUUCAAGCACACUUAGUAAAAAAUUGUAGCGAGAACGAACCUCCGUGUCCCGUGAUUUUAAUAGAAAGAUUUGGAUUUGAGAUGGACAAAAGCUUUAGAGAGACAAAAUUACAACUAUUGUUGAGCCCUUCGAUAUUGGUGUCAGCGAAUAAUUUGUCUAGGACGAAUCCCGUCAAUUCCGGGGCGCUCUACCAGGGACACCUGAUGCUGUCCUCAUUCCAACUGCGGGGCAACGGUUUUUUCAGCGAUGCCAAUCGCUCAGUCGAAGAAGACACCGUCGAAUAUGCCUGGAUGAUGGAACUUCAGCUGGGUCAACUAACAGGUCGUUUGACGCUACCUCAACUAUAUCAAAUAAUUUCUUCAUUAGAAACGUUUUUGCUACUAAUAUGUGACAGCGAAAAUGAGCUGAUUCCGCCGAACCCUGUCAAGCACUGUCAUCACGGCUUCAACACAGUCAUGUGUCCCGAGACUGACGGGAUAUUGAAGUAUCGAUGCCCAACUCCAAAUGAAAUCAAAUACAAGAUGAUUCGAGUGGCGAUUGAUUUAAUCGAUAUCUAUAUCGCCGAUUCAAACACCACAUUCCAGACGUGGCUUUCCCCGGUUAGACUGAGUUAUUGUAACCUUCACGGUUCUGGUUUCGGAACUGGUGUUACGGGGCUGUUGCCUAACAUAAAACUAGCUCUCUACACGCAAACUAAUCUGCAAACUAACGCCCAUCACCACUCCAAUGGCAGCAAUAGCAGCCAAAACAAACCGCCCGAUGGAGAAAACUGGGUAGGAGUAGGCUCUGCCUCGCUCGGUCCACUGUUGAUUGAAGCUGCAUCGUCAUUGCCUCAGAGCCCCAAAAACAUCCAUUUAGUACAGCAAAAGUUUCUAAAACUUCACGAUGACAAAACUAAACGGCUAUGGUUCCUGUGGCCCAACGAAGGGAAAUCGUCGCAAUGCGGCUGCACGGGGGGCUGCGCUUUCUUCGGUUCCAAUCGAAAUGGGCCUAACUUCUUGAAGCCGAGUCCUGCUGAUCUCAACGAGGGCAUCAAUAUCGCUAUGUUCAACGUUAUUGAAACCACCCCCGGAGAGUAUGGAUAUGGUCAAAGUCUAUUACACCCAGGACAGCUCGUAUUUCAUACGCCGCCCUAUAAUAGUCUAAAUGUCUGCCUGCAACCCACCAAUGUUGCAACUUUGAUUCCGUCGCCUUUACCUCAGACCCUAAACAAAUCGCCGCAAAGCGUGGAACGGCGAAGUUUGACACGAAGAUUUUCUUACACAAGCAUGGGUAAAGGUAGCACCAAUAUUCUAGUUUCGAGCACAAAGAGCGACGUACCGUACGCUCGCCUCGUGGACUCCUCAGUGCCCCUGGGCAGUACCAAAAUCGAUAGCGACUCUAAGCUAAACAAGACUAUACUGAAUGUGCCUCAAAUGGAGAGCAGCGUCUCGGACUCCAAGCUGGCACUGAACUGUGUCGUGAAAGACAAUUCGAAUGUGACGUCCAAGAAACCGCACCAGACUGAAAUUGACGCCUUCGCGGUACCCAAGGUGCCCGCUCGCAGCGUGGGAGUGUCCGAAUCCCACUACUCUCUCAAUUCACAAGUGCCUCACGAUGACUCCCUGCAGCAGGAAGUGCAACGAACAAUGUCAAUUACUAGUGAAAAUCAUUCGGAAGCCUUCUUUUCUGCAGACGAGGACAUGUUCCCGAGUCGAUCGUCAAGCUUGAAGCAUUCCUUCGGCAGUCGUCACAGUAACCCCAAAGAUAAAAGCUCCUUCGGCAUUAAUGACAUUACUAAUGAGAAAUGGACCAACUCGAUGCCUCGGUCUGAAGUCGGAGAUGGGCCUGCGGACACCAUAAGCAACUUGAGCACCGGCGCGCAGCCAGACUCCGAGAGUGGGUCGGUAUCGUCGACUUCCUUCAUCUCGGCAAUUUCUUCACAAGAGGACAUGACUUUAGUGAACUUGCACAUGCAAACUAACAAGCCUAUUGUAGAAUCUCCACUGCUUAUGGCGAGCUACAUGCAGAACUUGCCGCAGUACAAAUGCUCCAACUGGAACACCUGCUCGCUCCCAAGUGGCAGCGACGUGUUCACAUUGCCUCUAUUCAAGAGAGCUGACGACGGGACUCUUGUAUACGUUGGACAGAAAUACCUACCCAGUUUCGAGCAAGUCGGCAAGAUUAACAUCUUGAAGUUGAUUGCGAAAAAAGAAGGCCACAACAGUCAGAACCAGCACGGGCCGUACUCGAACUUGACGCCGCAUUUCAACAACCAAGUCAAAGCCCAUCCGUACCCACAGGGCUGGUGGGACGUCCAACAAAACGUCCAGGACAACCAAGAGAAUACCACCGAUAAGAGCACGACGUCGACAGCUACCACCACAAGCGACAGCAAAAACGGUUUGUUCGUAAAGUUAAAAGGAGAAAUCGAUAUUAUGUUAACGCCAUUAGUUCUGGAAAGCACCCAGAAGUUUGUUGAAUCACUGACACCCGUCUUAGCGAAUAUUCAUCCGAUUACGGUCAUCAACCAUUUACGUCUUCUUUGCAUUUCGUCCGUCGAAAGUGGUAACAUCUUGAAACAGAAGCAGUACAUCCAAAACUGGCUGCCGCAGAUGCAGGCCCGGAACCAAUCGAACGUGGUUUUCGAUAAAGAUGACAAAUGCAAGCUGGCGACCAUACCACACACGAACGUUUACGAAGAGACGAUCUGCGAACAGCUCCAGGCGACGGUGACCGUGCCCAAGGUCAACAUGGUCUUCAUCCAGUCGUCUGUUGUAGAGGAUAUGAUAUCGUUUUCUGCUUUGGAUAACAUCCAAGACUUGACAUGCGUGUCGUUGUUUGGCGUGUCUGUUGAGAAUAUAAUAGCCAAGUACGUCAGUUCCAAGAAGACCCUGGAGUCGGUGCAGUUGUAUUACAGACCUACUUUAAGAGCCUUGGGCAGCAAGAAAAGCUUUGGCAUAAUGAAGGGCCCCAGAUCGUUGAUAUCUGCACAGUCCUCGGGCUCGGGCAGAAAGAGAGGCCCUGAAAAGGGUGAACCGGUUCUCAUCGAGACUUCGCAGCAGCAAUGCGAAGAUACUACUAUCACAUUGAACGUUGGAAAAGUUCACGGUCAACUGCGUAGGAUCCGCAACGAAUCAUCGCAGCUCAAGGACGCGACUAUAACGGGUAUCCCGUGCCAACAUUCCAAAGUGUGCUUCAAGUUCAUCAGAGUUGAUUCAUGUGCUAAAGGCUGCGAGUCUAUGUGCUGUCAAAAUGGAGGAACAGAUACCCAGAAAGAGAACGCAAUCGGCUACAUCAUGUUCGAAUGUGGACUGGAAGGAACAUCCAUCAAAGUGUCCAAACACUCCCAGUCUCACAAACCCAACGAGGAGAAAAAACCUCCGCGAAACGACAACGAAAGCUGCCGCGAGUCCGUGAAAUCGGCCGAGGAGUUGAAACCUGACAAGGAGAAGACUACCAAAGGGCGGACUUCAGGAAUCGAAGAUCUUUUUAGGAAGAGAGAGUCGACCUCGAAGCCGAGCACGCCCAAUUUGGGGACGGCUCAACCGCCGCCCGUGCCGCCUGAGCCGUCCACGCCCGGACCCGACGAGCCGUCGAAUAAUGACAGCACCACUACCAUGGUGCCGGUCAAAGACAACGGGAACACGUCAUCGUGCGCUAUCGACUUGAAAGUGGUUUGGUUCAAUUUCGCAGCGCCGCCUCGGACGCCGAUAACAAAAAAGAUCGAUUAUACCAGACUGGACUGGAACCUGCUGAGCACGGCGUCACCGGCCAUCAACGCGUGGAUGAACCCGUGCAACCGGCUCGGCAUCCGCGUCGUGUCGCUGUACCGCGCCCACGCGCGCCGCCUCACCGCCACCGCCGCCAGCCUCAUGGCGGCCGCGCUUGACCUCGCACCACACCACACGCCGCCCAAGUCGCAGCACUCACCGCGCCGCCUCACCGCCACCGCCGCCAGCCUCAUGGCGGCCGCGCUCGACCUCGCGCCGCACCACACGCCGCCCAAGUCGCAGCACUCACCGCGCCGCCUCACCGCCACCGCCGCCAGCCUCAUGGCGGCCGCGCUCGACCUCGCGCCGCACCACACGCCGCCCAAGUCGCAGCACUCACCGCGCCGCCUCACCGCCACCGCCGCCAGCCUCAUGGCGGCCGCGCUCGACCUCGCGCCGCACCACACGCCGCCCAAGUCGCAGCACUCACCGCGCCGCCUCACCGCCACCGCCGCCAGCCUCAUGGCGGCCGCGCUCGACCUCGCGCCGCACCACACGCCGCCCAAGUCGCAGCACUCACCGCGCCGCCUCACCGCCACCGCCGCCAGCCUCAUGGCGGCCGCGCUCGACCUCGCGCCGCACCACACGCCGCCCAAGUCGCAGCACUCACCGCGCCGCCUCACCGCCACCGCCGCCAGCCUCAUGGCGGCCGCGCUCGACCUCGCGCCGCACCACACGCCGCCCAAGUCGCAGCACUCACCGCGCCGCCUCACCGCCACCGCCGCCAGCCUCAUGGCGGCCGCGCUCGACCUCGCGCCGCACCACACGCCGCCCAAGUCGCAGCACUCACCGCGCCGCCUCACCGCCACCGCCGCCAGCCUCAUGGCGGCCGCGCUCGACCUCGCGCCGCACCACACGCCGCCCAAGUCGCAGCACUCACCGCGCCGCCUCACCGCCACCGCCGCCAGCCUCAUGGCGGCCGCGCUCGACCUCGCGCCGCACCACACGCCGCCCAAGAGUCGCUACGGCCGCCACACGCCGAUGGCGAAGCAGCUUCGCGAGGAACCGUCGCUGCAGCUGUGCGGCGUGCUGCUGCGGCACGCGCUGCAGGCCGACGCCGCCGCGGUGCAGGCCGACCUCGCCGACCGGCACCUGCCCUCGCUGUCCACGCUGCGCCAGGGCGUGAUCGUGCUGAGCCGGCAGUGGAAGAACAUCCUGUACACGCCGCUGCUUUUGGAGCACAACUACAAGAGCAAGGUCAUGAAGCCGCUUAACGUCACCUUCGCGCUGCCCGACCUGCUCGAGGACUCUGUCGAGGGCUGGCAGGAGUAUCCCUUGGACAACGAGGCACUGGAUGAGAACUGCCUCCUUCUGAACAUGGACUCAGAUAAGAUCAACAUCCCCGCCCGCGGCGCGCCGAGCAGCCGCGCGAGCCUAGCGUUCCCCCCGCUGCCGUUCUCCGCGCGAAAGCCGCCAUUCACCGACGACGCCAUCGCUAACUACGGCACGCUGAAGGAGGACCUGCCGACGGUGGGCUCGAACCCGUCGCUGUACUCGCCGCACGACAGCGAUGAGAACCUCCGCAGCGACCGCGCGAGAGAAGACCUUUACCAGUGGAUGGCUAAGCAAGAGCCGAUCAAAGUGGAGCCAAAGAGCAAGAAGCCGAUCAUCCCGCCGUCCCGCAUGAACCCGCGGCCCGCGUCCAUGCCGGCGUGCAGCCUGUACCCGCUGCAGGGCUCGCUCAUGCUGCUGGACGCGCACCUCGUGUUCCAGCCCUUCCUGGCCGCGCUGGGCGUGUCUCCCAACCAGAUCACGCAAGGCGAGUCAAAGAAGAGCGGCGGCGAAGGCGGGUCGGGCUCGAGCGCGGCGGCGCCGGCGCUGGAGUCGCUGGGCUCGAUGCUGUCGCUGCUGGCGUGGGUGGACACCUUCCGCAUCGACAUCGUCGUCAGCGACCUCGCCGCGCGCGACCGCCGCCACCCGCAGCAGAAGGGCAAGGGCAACCCAUCAUACAUCGACAUCCCGUCCGAGACGCCAGCGUUCCUCUGCGAGAAGGUGUCGAUCGACGUGGACCUAAAGAAGGUGGCGGACAUGGCGGUGGACGACCUCAUCCAGCGGCAGAACGUUCUUUACAUCUCGCGCGGCCAGCUCAAGAAGCACAUCAGCACCGUCAUCAACUUCAACAUCAGCGUGCGGUUCAUCUCGCAGCAGGUGAACAUGCCUCUGCUGCGGCUGCUGCACCAGAUCAGCAACAUGUACCAGAACGUGAAGGACGCGCAGACAGAGCUGCGCUCGCAGACCAAGAGCCAGCACCGCCAGGACAAGCACACCUCCUCCUCGGUGUCAGACUUCAGAGAGAACCUAGUCAGCGUAACGUCUCUCGACAAGGAGUCCCAGUACAGUGCCUUGGACCCAAAGUGGGAGGUGGUCCAGCCGGCCCUCAGCACGGACUUAGGCCCAGUGACGCCGUCGCUCAGUCACCACAAGCUGAGCGUAGCGCAUGUAGGAGCGAGCCACACUCAGGCCCGGCCGCGGCCGCAGUCCUUUGCGCAGAAGUUAAGGUCUACGGGCAAGAGUGUUAAAGGGAAGCUGGGCUACAGCUCGCUGAACGAAGGCGCGCACACGCCGAUGUUCGCGGGCGCCGGCGCGUCGCCCGCACCGCCCACGCCGGCGCCCGACGGCAAGCUGGCGCCGCGCUGCUGGCGCACCGUGUACCUGCUGCUCGACCUCUACGCCAACAUGCCCGACGCAGAGACCAUCACGCACAGAUUCUCUGUGUCCCGAGAACUACCCGAGUCGUGCCGAGGCCGCGGAAGACCGAGCUCAAGAGAACAAAACGCCAGCAACUCGUCGUCGAGCGCGCAGCAUCCUUCGCUGGCAUUGGUUCUUGUUGGACGCGCCAGAAUCCACCGUACUCGUCUACUCGCUUCGCUAUCCGGGUUGAAGCUUGAAGCAGAGAUCACGUCGCUGCAGGCGUCGCUGUCGGCAUCGCGCUCGCGCCAGUGGUCGCUCACCGGCAACCUCGGCCGCACCACCAUCGUGCUGCUGGAGGGCCGCGCGCCCAACCACCAGACCGUAGUCCGUGUGAACGUGGGCAAGUCCCAGGCGCUGUACUCGUGGGAGGCGGGGCGGCCGGGCGCGGCGGCGCUGGCGUCGAUCGGCGGUGUUCGUGUGGACUUGCCGCAGCAUCCCGUGGCGCUGCACGGCGUCAUGACGCGCUCCAGCCGCCAGCUGUCCUCGACGCUACAGGAACUCGGCGUGACCCGCACGUCGUCCCGCCUGUCGCGCGGCAGCGAGGCGGCGCCGGCGGGUCCGGCGGGCGGGGCGGAGGACGAGGAGGCGCCGCGCGUGCCGCCGCCGCGCCCGCCGCCGCCACGCACCGCUGCCGACCCGCUGCUGCAUCCGCUGCAUCUGCAGUUCUCCAUCGAACUCGGCGUGACCCGCACGUCGUCCCGCCUGUCGCGCGGCAGCGAGGCGGCGGCGGCGGCGGGUCCGGCGGGCGGUGGCGAGGACGAGGAGGCGCCGCGCGUGCCGCCGCCGCGCCCGCCGCCGCCACGCACCGCUGCCGACCCGCUGCUGCACCCGCUGCAUCUGCAGUUCUCCAUCGUGCUGCAGAGCCUCAGCAUAACGGCGGCGCUGCUACCGUCGUUGCAAGCGCAGUACAAGAUGGAGCACGUGCACAGCUCAGGAGUCACGGGCACCAAGGCGCACUUCACCGUCGACUUGCCGCAGCACUCGCUCAGCUUCGUCACCAAGCUGCAGUACAAGAUGGAGCACGUGCACAGCUCGGGAGUGACGGGCACCAAGGCGCACUUCACCGUCGACCUGCCGCAGCACUCGCUCAGCUUCGUCACCAAGCUGCAGGCUCAGUACAAGAUGGAGCACGUGCACAGCUCGGGAGUGACGGGCACCAAGGCGCACUUCACCGUCGACCUGCCGCAGCACUCGCUCAGCUUCGUCACCAAGCUGCAGGCUCAGUACAAGAUGGAGCACGUGCACAGCUCGGGAGUGACGGGCACCAAGGCGCACUUCACCGUCGACCUGCCGCAGCACUCGCUCAGCUUCGUCACCAAGCUGCAGUACAAGAUGGAGCACGUGCACAGCUCGGGAGUGACGGGCACCAAGGCGCACUUCACCGUCGACCUGCCGCAGCACUCGCUCAGCUUCGUCACCAAGCUGCAGUACAAGAUGGAGCACGUGCACAGCUCGGGAGUGACGGGCACCAAGGCGCACUUCACCGUCGACCUGCCGCAGCACUCGCUCAGCUUCGUCACCAAGCUGCAGACAGCGGCGCUGCUGCCGUCCUUACAAGCGCAGUACAAGAUGGAGCACGUGCACAGCUCGGGAGUGACGGGCACCAAGGCGCACUUCACCGUCGACCUGCCGCAGCACUCGCUCAGCUUCGUCACCAAGCUGCAGAUGACCGAGGCCAAGCUCCCAGCUGCCGCAUCGGUGGCGCUCCCCGGCGUUCAAGUGCGGGCUCGCGUGGCUGAACACGCCGGAGCUUCUACCACGGGCCCCGCGGGCCCUGCUGCCGCCCCGGCGGGCCCCAGUACUGGCACCGCGGGCCCCGGCGACGCGGAAGGCGUGGUGUUGCGAGCCGGCCGCUACUUGGCCGCGACAGCUGACAUCGGCCUAUUUGAGCAUACGUUAUCAACCGAUCUGCUCAACCAUCUCGUCUUUGUGCAAAAAGUUUUCAUGAAGGAAGUAAAUGAAGUGGUCCAAAAAGUAUACGGAGGUGAAAAACCGGUCCCGCUAUGGAACGAGGAGGAGGCGUCUACCUCUGCCCUCAGCCGGAUUUUAUUCUCACUUAUUAUUAGGAUAAAGCGUAUCCAAUUGACCGCCACGACACCAAGUAACAGCGCCGUGCGGCUAGAAACGGGCGCAGUGGAGUUCGAGUUGUCCAAUCGGGUACAAAAUGUACCCCAGCCCGCUGAACCCCAUGGCCUACGAUUGUUCGCGAGAGCACAGGUGGACGUCAAUCUCAGUCUAGGCCAAUUAAUUCGCAAUGCUAUGUUUGAUGAAGCGGAACCAGAGUUUCAGCAAUACGCCUUCUUCAACACGAGAAUUGCCAUGCGUAACGCCUUCCAAGACGAGAUGGUAGCCGGCGAGGACAAGGAAGUGGUUCUGAUAAACCUGAAGCGGCCGCUGAUAUACAUCCAGCCCGUGGCCAUCGACAAGGCGAUUCUGGUGUGGCUUAACUACAAGAACGCUUAUGAAUACUGGAACGAAAAGAGGCUAAAUUUGAACAAAGAAGUGCUUACAGCGACGCAGCAGGUCUUCGAGAAGGUCCAAUUGACGUCUCAAAUAACGACACCGCACCUCAGCACCCUGUUCCUGCAGUUGAAUGUCGAUGAUAUUGGCAUCUGCUUACCUUUGAACCAACCGCCAAUGGCGUCGUGGGGCGGCGGCGGGCGCGGCUACGAGGCGGAAGGCCGCGGCGCGGUGGUGGUGACGCUAGAAAGCACCAGCGUGGGCGCCGUAAGCUCAGGCGCGCUGGUCAGCAAGGGCCGCUUCGUGGGGCUGUGCCUGCGCUUCGCCGACGACUUCGAGGCCUCGCUCGACGACUGGAAGCCCGACCCCGACGAGGCGUGCAUCAACGUGUGCAGCGUCUCUGAGGGCACCUACGAGGUGUGCAGCCGGACCGCUGCCGCCAAGAGGAACGAAAAUGCGAAAUGGUUCCUGAACGUUUCGUGGCAAAUGGAGGGAGUGGACAUUCACUUGGAUGUGAACGUCGGCAAGCAACUGUCCGCGCUCGGGCACACGCUCACAAUGCUCACAGGUUUCGAAGAAGAAGACCCCUUGAAAAUGGACUACGAAAGCGAUUUCGAUGAUGAAGCAGACAACAGUAAAGAUUCACAAGAAAGUAUAGUCCUCCGUCGCAAGUACACGGACCACCUGCCAGCGUUCGUAUUCGACACGAGCCUCGACGCCAAGAAGCGGUCUAAGCUCAUCGAGAAAGAAAUGAAUGAGCAAGCCAAGAUCAUCAACGACCUGCGUACGCUGGGCGCCUCCCACUCUACCAUAGAGUAUGAAAUGAAGAGGCUGCAUGAUUUGGAGGCGCUGGUGUUCAAGGACUUCAGGAGAGAUAUGAUCCAGAAGCUGCGUCGUCAAAGCGUGCGCGCGUCGUCGAUCACGAAGGGGAAGCUGGGGUUAGGUGGGCGCGUGCGCACGCUGCCGCCGCCUGAAGCGCCUGACUCGCCCCGCUCGCCUCUCUCGCCGCUCUCACCACGACGCGCUGAGCCACGUGACUCGCCUGACCGACGACAUUUCGACAAACCUUGCAGCCGCCGCCCGUGCAGCGCCAGAGCUCGCUGCCCGCGCACCCCGACCACUGGCCGCUGGACCUGGACGCCGUGCAGCUGCGCAGGAAGCCCGACAAGUGAGUACAGCGAGCUCAGCGGCUGCCACGUGAGCUCCUGCCAGUGCAGACCUUGCAGCCGCCGCCCGUGCAGCGCCAGAGCUCGCUGCCCGCGCACCCCGACCACUGGCCGCUGGACCUGGACGCCGUGCAGCUGCGCAGGAAGCCCGACAAGUGAGUACAGCGAGCUCAGCGGCUGCCACGUGAGCUCCUGCCAGUGCAGACCUUGCAGCCGCCGCCCGUGCAGCGCCAGAGCUCGCUGCCCGCGCACCCCGACCACUGGCCGCUGGACCUGGACGCCGUGCAGCUGCGCAGGAAGCCCGACAAGUGAGUACAGCGAGCUCAGCGGCUGCCACGUGAGCUCCUGCCAGUGCAGACCUUGCAGCCGCCGCCCGUGCAGCGCCAGAGCUCGCUGCCCGCGCACCCCGACCACUGGCCGCUGGACCUGGACGCCGUGCAGCUGCGCAGGAAGCCCGACAAGUGAGUACAGCGAGCUCAGCGGCUGCCACGUGAGCUCCUGCCAGUGCAGACCUUGCAGCCGCCGCCCGUGCAGCGCCAGAGCUCGCUGCCCGCGCACCCCGACCACUGGCCGCUGGACCUGGACGCCGUGCAGCUGCGCAGGAAGCCCGACAAGUGAGUACAGCGAGCUCAGCGGCUGCCACGUGAGCUCCUGCCAGUGCAGACCUUGCAGCCGCCGCCCGUGCAGCGCCAGAGCUCGCUGCCCGCGCACCCCGACCACUGGCCGCUGGACCUGGACGCCGUGCAGCUGCGCAGGAAGCCCGACAAGUGAGUACAGCGAGCUCAGCGGCUGCCACGUGAGCUCCUGCCAGUGCAGACCUUGCAGCCGCCGCCCGUGCAGCGCCAGAGCUCGCUGCCCGCGCACCCCGACCACUGGCCGCUGGACCUGGACGCCGUGCAGCUGCGCAGGAAGCCCGACAAGUGAGUACAGCGAGCUCAGCGGCUGCCACGUGAGCUCCUGCCAGUGCAGACCUUGCAGCCGCCGCCCGUGCAGCGCCAGAGCUCGCUGCCCGCGCACCCCGACCACUGGCCGCUGGACCUGGACGCCGUGCAGCUGCGCAGGAAGCCCGACAAGUGAGUACAGCGAGCUCAGCGGCUGCCACGUGAGCUCCUGCCAGUGCAGACCUUGCAGCCGCCGCCCGUGCAGCGCCAGAGCUCGCUGCCCGCGCACCCCGACCACUGGCCGCUGGACCUGGACGCCGUGCAGCUGCGCAGGAAGCCCGACAAGUGAGUACAGCGAGCUCAGCGGCUGCCACGUGAGCUCCUGCCAGUGCAGACCUUGCAGCCGCCGCCCGUGCAGCGCCAGAGCUCGCUGCCCGCGCACCCCGACCACUGGCCGCUGGACCUGGACGCCGUGCAGCUGCGCAGGAAGCCCGACAAGUGAGUACAGCGAGCUCAGCGGCUGCCACGUGAGCUCCUGCCAGUGCAGACCUUGCAGCCGCCGCCCGUGCAGCGCCAGAGCUCGCUGCCCGCGCACCCCGACCACUGGCCGCUGGACCUGGACGCCGUGCAGCUGCGCAGGAAGCCCGACAAGUGAGUACAGCGAGCUCAGCGGCUGCCACGUGAGCUCCUGCCAGUGCAGACCUUGCAGCCGCCGCCCGUGCAGCGCCAGAGCUCGCUGCCCGCGCACCCCGACCACUGGCCGCUGGACCUGGACGCCGUGCAGCUGCGCAGGAAGCCCGACAAUGCAGACCUUGCAGCCGCCGCCCGUGCAGCGCCAGAGCUCGCUGCCCGCGCACCCCGACCACUGGCCGCUGGACCUGGACGCCGUGCAGCUGCGCAGGAAGCCCGACAACUUGCCAUCAUCGGAGGGACAGAGUUCAGAGGGCAAACAGAAUAAGUCAAAAACAGCUGAACCCAACAUUGACUUCGAAUUGGACGUCAAAGUGCAUAUCAAUAGUGGGAAGUGUGUUUUGCACACAAAGGAGCCUUCUCGGGAAGAUAUGAACAUCAGCGGGUCUCGUAUGCGCGUGGGCCGAUCGGCGUCCGGCGGGCUGUCGGAGCCGGCGGCGGCGGCGGGCGCGACUUCCGGCGGCGCGGCGGGCGGUUCGCCGCCGGGCGCACGCCGGAAAGCGCCGCAGCACGUGCCGCGACACCAGCCCAGCCUUGAUCUCACUGUGUUCCGCAUGCCUGGGUUGGAUCUUAAGGUCCACUACGAAUCCAAGACCCUCCCCGAGGAAGCCACGUCGCCGCAAAUAAGCGGAGUUCCACGCAAGGUGGCCACGAAAAAGGCGGCGCUGUUCGCCUGGAUCACGCUGCAGAGCAUCCCCGAGGAAACCAUCAUCAGCCCGCACAUCCUGGAGUUCCUGGAGCAGACCCUCGAGCCGAUACCCACCAAGUCGUUUUCGACGCCUACCCCGGAAGCGGAGAGCGGGUCGCGCUCGCGCUCGGCGGAGGGCGCGUCGUACGGGCAGUACGUGUACGCGUCGUUCCCCGUGGACGUCAUCGUGCACUUCCACAUGCAGCCGUCCACCUUCCGCUUCUCGUGCCUGCCCGCGUCGCGCGUCGAGUGCCUGCUGCAGCUGCCCAGCCUGCAGAUCGUGUUUAGCUCCAAGCGAGCCGGCGACGAGGAAAUGUCAGAACCAGCAGUAGCAAUGGGCGGUCUAUCCGUGACCGGCUGCCUGGCCGACUUCUCCGUGUACGUGUUCCACCCGUACGGCGGCAAGAAGUCCAGCCUGAAGGAGGCGCAGUGGUCGCCGCUGUCCGACUCCGAGCGCAAAGACUCGCUCAGCAUCAACGUCGAGUUUGUCAAGUUCCAUCUAUCGCGGUCCAGGAAGCUAGACUUUCACUCCGAUCAGGACCAGUCGAAGGCUACUGACCAGUCGAAGGCUACUGUGCGCUUUUCGACGAUCGUGGACGUGGGCUCGGCGUGGUUCAAGUACGACAUGCGGCGGCUGAGCGAGAUCCUGGCGUUCCCGAAGGCGUGGUACCGCCGCACCAUCGUGCGCCGCAUGUUCCUCGGGGACCUCAGCGUCAACAACCAGCAGCCCACGCCCAGCACAAGCGCCAAUGUGCCCGUAUCGCCGGUGCUGCCCCAGAGAGAGAAAACAAAGACUGUAGAUUCACAAAAACCCAAAGCCGACAGCCGGGCGGCUAGUGCUGGCGCGGGCGCGGGCGCGGGUGCGCCGCCGUCGUGGGAGACGCUGGUGCUGUUCGCCGUCAACUUCACGCGCCUCAACGUCCACAUGAACAUGGGCAACGUCAUGGGCAACGUCAGCUGGCAGAGCCGCGACUUCCGCUGCUCCGGACGGCUCAGCAUCGGCAGCAGCGGGCGCCGCAACAUGCUGCUGGGCGUGGCGCUGGCCGGCUCGGCGCUGGACGCGCGCGGCGGCAUCGUGGGCGGCGCCAUCACGCUCGCGCACAUCGACACCUACGUGCACAUCGAGGAGGAGCCGGGCUGCAGCCCGGGGCACGUGUGCGGCGUGCGGCUGGCGGCGCUGGAGCUGCGGCUGGAGUACAUGGGCACGCCCGUGCUGCUGGCGCGCGUGUCGGCGCUGCGGGCCGCGCUGCGCGACCACUGGCACGAGCGACCACCCGCGCUCAAGUACACUCGCCUUCUCACUCGCUCCCUACGUCUGCCCGUGCGGCCGGCGGCGCUGGAGCUGCGGCUGGAGUACAUGGGCACGCCCGUGCUGCUGGCGCGCGUGUCGGCGCUGCGGGCCGCGCUGCGCGACCACUGGCACGAGCGACCACCCGCGCUCAAGUACACUCGCCUUCUCACUCGCUCCCUACGUCUGCCCGUGCGGCCGGCGGCGCUGGAGCUGCGGCUGGAGUACAUGGGCACGCCCGUGCUGCUGGCGCGCGUGUCGGCGCUGCGGGCCGCGCUGCGCGACCACUGGCACGAGCGACCACCCGCGCUCAAGUACACUCGCCUUCUCACUCGCUCCCUACGUCUGCCCGUGCGGCCGGCGGCGCUGGAGCUGCGGCUGGAGUACAUGGGCACGCCCGUGCUGCUGGCGCGCGUGUCGGCGCUGCGGGCCGCGCUGCGCGACCACUGGCACGAGCGACCACCCGCGCUCAAGUACACUCGCCUUCUCACUCGCUCCCUACGUCUGCCCGUGCGGCCGGCGGCGCUGGAGCUGCGGCUGGAGUACAUGGGCACGCCCGUGCUGCUGGCGCGCGUGUCGGCGCUGCGGGCCGCGCUGCGCGACCACUGGCACGAGCGACCACCCGCGCUCAAGUACACUCGCCUUCUCACUCGCUCCCUACGUCUGCCCGUGCGGCCGGCGGCGCUGGAGCUGCGGCUGGAGUACAUGGGCACGCCCGUGCUGCUGGCGCGCGUGUCGGCGCUGCGGGCCGCGCUGCGCGACCACUGGCACGAGCGACCACCCGCGCUCAAGUACACUCGCCUUCUCACUCGCUCCCUACGUCUGCCCGUGCGGCCGGCGGCGCUGGAGCUGCGGCUGGAGUACAUGGGCACGCCCGUGCUGCUGGCGCGCGUGUCGGCGCUGCGGGCCGCGCUGCGCGACCACUGGCACGAGCGACCACCCGCGCUCAAGUACACUCGCCUUCUCACUCGCUCCCUACGUCUGCCCGUGCGGCCGGCGGCGCUGGAGCUGCGGCUGGAGUACAUGGGCACGCCCGUGCUGCUGGCGCGCGUGUCGGCGCUGCGGGCCGCGCUGCGCGACCACUGGCACGAGCGACCACCCGCGCUCAAGUACACUCGCCUUCUCACUCGCUCCCUACGUCUGCCCGUGCGGCCGGCGGCGCUGGAGCUGCGGCUGGAGUACAUGGGCACGCCCGUGCUGCUGGCGCGCGUGUCGGCGCUGCGGGCCGCGCUGCGCGACCACUGGCACGAGCGACCACCCGCGCUCAAGUACACUCGCCUUCUCACUCGCUCCCUACGUCUGCCCGUGCGGCCGGCGGCGCUGGAGCUGCGGCUGGAGUACAUGGGCACGCCCGUGCUGCUGGCGCGCGUGUCGGCGCUGCGGGCCGCGCUGCGCGACCACUGGCACGAGCGACCACCCGCGCUCAAGUACACUCGCCUUCUCACUCGCUCCCUACGUCUGCCCGUGCGGCCGGCGGCGCUGGAGCUGCGGCUGGAGUACAUGGGCACGCCCGUGCUGCUGGCGCGCGUGUCGGCGCUGCGGGCCGCGCUGCGCGACCACUGGCACGAGCGACCACCCGCGCUCAAGUACACUCGCCUUCUCACUCGCUCCCUACGUCUGCCCGUGCGGCCGGCGGCGCUGGAGCUGCGGCUGGAGUACAUGGGCACGCCCGUGCUGCUGGCGCGCGUGUCGGCGCUGCGGGCCGCGCUGCGCGACCACUGGCACGAGCGACCACCCGCGCUCAAGUACACUCGCCUUCUCACUCGCUCCCUACGUCUGCCCGUGCGGCCGGCGGCGCUGGAGCUGCGGCUGGAGUACAUGGGCACGCCCGUGCUGCUGGCGCGCGUGUCGGCGCUGCGGGCCGCGCUGCGCGACCACUGGCACGAGCGACCACCCGCGCUCAAGUACACUCGCCUUCUCACUCGCUUCCUACGUCUGCCCGUGCGGCCGGCGGCGCUGGAGCUGCGGCUGGAGUACAUGGGCACGCCCGUGCUGCUGGCGCGCGUGUCGGCGCUGCGGGCCGCGCUGCGCGACCACUGGCACGAGCGACCACCCGCGCUCAAGUACACUCGCCUUCUCACUCGCUCCCUACGUCUGCCCGUGCGGCCGGCGGCGCUGGAGCUGCGGCUGGAGUACAUGGGCACGCCCGUGCUGCUGGCGCGCGUGUCGGCGCUGCGGGCCGCGCUGCGCGACCACUGGCACGAGCGACCACCCGCGCUCAAGUACACUCGCCUUCUCACUCGCUCCCUACGUCUGCCCGUGCGGCCGGCGGCGCUGGAGCUGCGGCUGGAGUACAUGGGCACGCCCGUGCUGCUGGCGCGCGUGUCGGCGCUGCGGGCCGCGCUGCGCGACCACUGGCACGAGCGACCACCCGCGCUCAAGUACACUCGCCUUCUCACUCGCUCCCUACGUCUGCCCGUGCGGCCGGCGGCGCUGGAGCUGCGGCUGGAGUACAUGGGCACGCCCGUGCUGCUGGCGCGCGUGUCGGCGCUGCGGGCCGCGCUGCGCGACCACUGGCACGAGCGACCACCCGCGCUCAAGUACACUCGCCUUCUCACUCGCUCCCUACGUCUGCCCGUGCGGCCGGCGGCGCUGGAGCUGCGGCUGGAGUACAUGGGCACGCCCGUGCUGCUGGCGCGCGUGUCGGCGCUGCGGGCCGCGCUGCGCGACCACUGGCACGAGCGACCACCCGCGCUCAAGUACACUCGCCUUCUCACUCGCUUCCUACGUCUGCCCGUGCGGCCGGCGGCGCUGGAGCUGCGGCUGGAGUACAUGGGCACGCCCGUGCUGCUGGCGCGCGUGUCGGCGCUGCGGGCCGCGCUGCGCGACCACUGGCACGAGCGACCACCCGCGCUCAAGUACACUCGCCUUCUCACUCGCUUCCUACGUCUGCCCGUGCGGCCGGCGGCGCUGGAGCUGCGGCUGGAGUACAUGGGCACGCCCGUGCUGCGUAUACUUGCCUUCUUACUUGCUUCCUUCCUUUUAGACUCUGCUGGACAUAGGCCUCUUUUUAUAUUCACAACGAGAAAGCUCUUGGCCUGUAUCUCACCUGAUGGUAAGCCAGCGAUCAUCCUAACCCACGGCACGCUGAGCUGGCAGCAGCUGCAGAUCGUGAUGAGCCGCAGCACCACGCCGGACCUGCUGAAGAUGCAGCUGAAGCUCGAGGAGUUCUUCACGCAGCAGUUCAAGUCCAGCAAGCGAGUGUUCAGCUCGCUGCAUCCUAACUACACCAGGACUAGGCGCGAGCCUCAACCACCGACACUGACCACGGCCGCCGCGCCCGGGACCGGCGCCGGCGCCGAGCCCGCGCCGCAAGCGGAGCUGCGCCACCACCGGCACUGGCAGCGCGUCCUGCAACUAGUGUCCGGCAUGCACCCCUCCACGCUGCCGGCGCCGCUGCCCGCCACCGGUACGUAUUGUAUUACCACCGACACUGACCACGGCCGCCGCGCCCGGCACCGGCGCCGGCGCCGAGCCCGCGCCUGUCCGGCAUGCAUCCUUCUACGCUGCCGGCGCCGCUGCCCGCCACCGGUACGUAUUGUAUUACCACCGACACUGACCACGGCCGCCGCGCCCGGCACCGGCGCCGGCGCCGAGCCCGCGCCGCAAGCGGAGCUGCGCCACCACCGGCACUGGCAGCGCGUCCUGCAACUAGUGUCCGGCAUGCAUCCUUCUACGCUGCCGGCGCCGCUGCCCGCCACCGGCACGGUGCUGGGCGGCACGAUGGAGUUGCACGGCACCAACGUGUCGCUGGCGUGCUUCCACGGCAACAGCUUCAAGGCCAAGUCCUGGGCGCUGUUCAGCCUCAAGGACCCUUGCAUCAGCUUCGCUACGGAAGCGCAGCAGAUUGCGGACGAGGAAGGUGAACUGGACGUGCACGUGGUGCAGAGCCUGACGGCGAGCCUGGGGUCGGGCGGCGGCGGCGCGGGCGGCCACCAGUCCAUGGCCACGGUGUGCCGCAUGACGCGCGCGCUGCUGUUCCCGCCGCAGUUCAAGACGCUGCGCGAAUGGUUCCAUUACGCCUUCGCCAACAGCGAGAUCGACGCAAUCGAGCUGUUCCCAUCCUUGGAGCGCGAAACGGGCGGCGGUGGCGGCGGCGGCGGCUCCGGCAGCGUGGAGCGUGAUCGCGAGCGCGAUCGCGAGCGGGAGCGCGAGCGCAAGCCGGGCGGCGACGCGCACGUGCGCGAGGUGAUCUUCGCGCUGCCCGCGCUGCAGCUGCACCUGCGCACGCAGCACCUGCAGCGCCCGCGCCCGCCCAGCGAGCACGGUCGCGAGCCGGGCGGCGACGCGCACGUGCGCGAGGUGAUCUUCGCGCUGCCCGCGCUGCAGCUGCACCUGCGCACGCAGCACCUGCAGCGCCCGCGCCCGCCCAGCGAGCACGAUGAGAAGCCGGUAGUAGAAUGCAGUUUCAUCACGGAGUUCGAAGACCACAUCUUCGUGUCGGUGGACGCCGAGGCGUUCCUGUUCCUCCACGAUCUCAUAUCUUCAUACAUCAAGGAGAAGGAUAGACUGAUGCCGGGCGGCGCGCGCGCGGCUUGGGGCGAGAACGCGGCGCGGCGCGCGGAGGGCCCGCCGCAGGACUACCGCGACUACCGCUGCGUCACCUGGCACCUCGAGCCCACCGUGCGGUGCUCAGAUGCCGCGUGGGGCGAGGGCGCGCGGAGGGCCCGCCGCAGGACUACCGCGACUACCGCUGCGUCACCUGGCACCUCGAGCCCACCGUGCGGUGAGUCGCACACUACCUUAGUGCUCAGAUGCCGCGUGGGGCGAGGGCGCGCGGAGGGCCCGCCGCAGGACUACCGCGACUACCGCUGCGUCACCUGGCACCUCGAGCCCACCGUGCGCCCACCGUGCGGUGAGUCGCACACUACCUUAGUGCUCAGAUGCCGCGUGGGGCGAGGGCGCGCGGAGGGCCCGCCGCAGGACUACCGCGACUACCGCUGCGUCACCUGGCACCUCGAGCCCACCGUGCGCCCACCGUGCGGUGAGUCGCACACUACCUUAGUGCUCAGAUGCCGCGUGGGGCGAGGGCGCGCGGAGGGCCCGCCGCAGGACUACCGCGACUACCGCUGCGUCACCUGGCACCUCGAGCCCACCGUGCGCCCACCGUGCGGUGAGUCGCACACUACCUUAGUGCUCAGAUGCCGCGUGGGGCGAGGGCGCGCGGAGGGCCCGCCGCAGGACUACCGCGACUACCGCUGCGUCACCUGGCACCUCGAGCCCACCGUGCGGUUGCUCUCGUGGGCGGGCAAGUCCAUCGAGCCGUACGGCGUGGACUACAUCCUGCAGAAGCUGGGCUUCCGGCACGCUCGCACCACCAUCCCCAAGUGGCUUCAACGCGGCGCGCUCGAUCCGCUCGACACGUUGCUCGCGCUCGCGCUGCGCCGCCUCGUCGCGCUCGUGCCCAGCAAGUGAUAACAAUGCACCACCUGCCCAGCAUGCCCAGCAAGUGAUAACAAGUAUGGACUUUCAAUACUCAAUGUAUUCCGUUAGCGUGUAACGCGCGCACCACCAUACCCAAGUGGCUUCAACGCGGCGCGCUCGAUCCGCUCGACACGUUGCUCGCGCUCGCGCUGCGCCGCCUCGUCGCGCUCGUGCCCAGCAAGUGAUAACAAUGCACCACCUGCCCAGCAUGCCCAGCAAGUGAUAACAAGUAUGGACUUUCAAUACUCAAUGUAUUCCGUUAGCGUGUAACGCGCGCACCACCAUACCCAAGUGGCUUCAACGCGGCGCGCUCGAUCCGCUCGACACGUUGCUCGCGCUCGCGCUGCGCCGCCUCGUCGCGCUCGUGCCCAGCAAGUGAUAACAAUGCACCACCUGCCCAGCAUGCCCAGCAAGUGAUAACAAGUAUGGACUUUCAAUACUCGGAGAUGUAGCCUAGUGUGUGUUGAAACCAUAAAGUUAACAUUCCUUCGGAAUAGAGCAACAACCACGAGCUGUCAAACGAAAUCGAUUCAGGAUGGAUGACACUGGAUGUCAUUGGUGUGUCAGUGGUCAGAAUUAUUUCACUGUUGUAACAAAUCAAUCACUGAACCCGUCACCACGUUUCUCAAGCACUAUUUCUCAUAAACAUCCACCAUUUCACUCACGUAAAAUCUUAAAAAAUCAGAGCUCAUAUUUUUAGCGUGCCAAUGAACUGCCAAAUAGUUGCAAAACGGCGACGGCAUCACACAUCUCUUUUUAUCACACAGUGUUGCUGCUGGUGACAUCUCGCUAGCUCAGUUCUUUGUUGCUCUAUUCCAAAGGAAUAUUAACUUUAUAGUUGAAACUCUAUUCCAAAGGAAUAUUAACUUUAUAGUUGAAACUCUAUUCCAAAGGAAUAUUAACUUUAUAGUUGAAACCGGGCAAUACGUUGCGUUUAAGGCGAACAGCUAUGACACCAUAUUCUAGAUAUUCUCAUGAUCUGUGCUCUCCGUAAAACCCCUUGUGACUGCUGCACGACGUAAGCGCAACGUUCGGUAGUCUGACCUUUCACGACACGACGAAAGUCAUAUAAAUUCGUGCUCGUUCACUCUGGCUGUAACUUUAACACGUGCGCGUAUACAUACAUACCUUUCCAACUUGUAGCUCGGUUGAGAUGAGACGCUAUAACGAUUGCUUUAUUCAAUGGCACGAAAACUAGCGCGUUAACGGCUGGGCCACACACAUCGCGAUAACAUUCGGGCGACAGCCGAGCGAAGUUCUUGCGAUUAUGCAAAAUAGCACCGAAGUAUACGCGAAUACUUGGCUACACAUAACGCGAUAACGUGAAUAUUCGGGUUAUCGUGAUGAGUGCGGCCGAGGCAUAACACGAAUAGUUACCGUGAUUAUACCUUUAUCCUUAAAUGGCGAAGGUAUUCCGUUAACCACUUGACGUCUUCUUACUUUGGUUCGUAAUUAAUUAUAUCUAUGAGAUGACUUUUUCGUAUUCGAUUCUGAAAACAACACUGCCACCAAUGUUCUACUCAGUUGUGGCUAUCACAAUGUUUUAUAAUUUCAUGUAGCAGUGACAAAACUAGAUGGACUGAAAGCUUCAAUUAUUUCUACAACUUUCAAGUACGAAUACUCGGGUUUGACAUAUUUACUUACAUGGUAAUUUAUAAACGUAGGUAAAUAAAAAUGUAUCACUUUAAUGAGUACGAUAUUUUAAUACGAGUUAAUUAAUUUUGAUUGUCUUUCACUGGCCAAAGGAUUUCGUACGUUGGUAUACUGUUGAUUGAAAGAUAAUCGAAAAUUUGGCAGAAGAGACCUAAAUUCUAAAACAGAAUCAUAAAACUAAACGGAUUACGAUAGAUUAUCAGUAGCAAAAAGUUAGGAAUAGGUCUUGACAGAUAUUGUCAUACAGUAAUAGGCGUGCGUGCCCGAUCGAAUAUGAAUUUUAAUAUGACAAUUGAGAACAAAGAUAAUGAAUAGAUUGUUGUUACUCACUCGGACUCUUGUAUUGUUUGUUCAUCUCAAAAGACUAUUACAGACUUUAAUGAGUUUACAUUCGAAAUGCUCUACAGUUGCAUUAUUCUGAUCGGAAGCAAAGUACAAUUUUAUUCUAGCGUUUACUUUAAAAAAAACUAACAGUUUGUACUUUAGACUAUUUCAGUCUUCUCACUUUUGAGUAUUUUUACAGUAUUAAACGACAAACAUCUUCACUUUACUUUGAUGCUUCACGAUGCAAUGUAUACUCUUGACAACAUACAUAUUCUGCAUUAUACGAUCGCGAUAGUAAAAUCGACGAAUAGAAUGACAGCAUCCCGCAUCGUCGACAUAGGCUAGGUAGACAGAGACCAUAUCUAUUAGUCACCUAUUGUGCAUGUGAUAAGACUUGGGCUUGCUGCAUUCAUUGGGAAAAGCCAAAAUUAGAUACCCGGCGCCGGCGGCAAUUUCUAAAUACAUUUUAUAAAUCUUAACUAUAUCAAUCUGCUGUAUGUCGCCGGCGUUGGAAUCCAACCAUUAUCAUCGUAGCACAACAGUGCUGUAGUGGGCCAAUCAGCCCAUAAAUAAACGUGUAUUUUAUUGUUUUAUAAUCAAUGCCUGAUAAUUAUUUAUUAAGAAUUCUAUUAUUAUCUCGUUAGUUCCUUUUGUGCACUGAGUUAUUAUCAUCGUAAUAUUAUAAUUCCAAUUACUUUGAUAUUAUUAAUGUUUUAUUUGUAGUAAUGGAUAGGGUGUCUAUUUUAUACGACUUGCAUGAUUGCAUGAAAUUAUAAUUAUUUGUCUUUAUGACAGUUUAUAACGAAAACGGGAAAUGGGGAGUUGAAAUGGGAUGGGAGAAUUAUGGUUAUGGAUGUGAAGUGAUAUUUUGAACAUACAAAACACAGUUUCAACCCUACACAAACGUCGAAGCCGCGUUACUUAUUAUUUAAAUAUUUAUAUGCAUAAACUACGGCUGCGGUGUUUGGCUAGGGAGGGAAUAGAUCGCUUAUCGAGAUUAAAAUAUAAAGUUGAUUUUACGUUUAGAUGUUCUGUGAUUUAUUAUUGUUAGAUAAAUGUUAAUACCAAAUUAAGCGGAUUUCGUGCUGUCCCAGUUAUGUACCUUUUGAAAACAGCUUUAAAUUAUUCGGAAUAAUAACACAUCAUGGGUGCUACCUAUCCAGUACUGUUUUCUUGAAUUUUUUUAAGGAUACACAACCAACCAGUUUUAUAGAAACAUAGAAUUGUAAUAAUUGUUGUAGAUAAAAAUUUGCGCCUACAUUCCUCCGAAAAUAUUUCAUAAUUACAUAGCCAAUAAACUAACUCUUCGAAUAAGUAGUAAAUUCUGUAUGUCACCGAAAAUUAAUAUUAGAGAAAUGACCUGUUGUUGGCGAUAAAUAGUGAAUUUGAAAUGUUUAAUAUUAUUACCAGUUGUGUUGCAACUGUAGUGUAUUAUUUUGUACAUUGCUAUGUAAAAUGAGAAUUAUUGUAUUUAUAAUGUAGUGGGCUUUCUUAUAAUGUGUACUGAUUAUAUUCGUAUAUUUUAUUAUGAGAAAUGAUGAUUUGUACAUAAUGAAAGUGAUAUGUAUAUGAAUAAAGGAAUUUAGAAAUUUUA